CGCAAUUUAUCUAUGGCUAGUCGUUAUAUAACAAAAUAGUUUAUAUAUAAGAAACUGUCGGUGUCGAUGGUUGUCUAGCUUAAAAGUUACCGUGAAAAAUAUAUUCGUUUCGAGAUCCGUGAACUCUGAAUAUGCUGGUCACGGUGCUGCUCAUUGUAUCGAGCGUAACGCUCUCAAGCUGCGACGUCUCCCACCUGGAGCCUGAGAUCAUCACGGAGCCUCCACCACCAAAGCCAUAUGUCUUCUCGUACACGGCCGGCAGGUACCCAGGACACACGGACCGUCAGCAUGCUGAAGUGAGCGACGGUAGCGGUGUAGUCAGAGGCACAUUCUCCUACGUGGACCCUCGGCAGCAGGUCCGCACGGUGGACUACGUAGCAGACAGGAAUGGCUUCCACCCGAUACUGAGCGAUGUUCCACCGGAACACCCAGCUGAUUCAGCAUCAGUCGCUAAAGCCAAGGAUCGCCACUUCGAACUCUAUGCUAAGAUAGCUGAAGAACACGCACACCACCCAUACCCUGAUGAAACAACAGUGCCCCGACAAUCAGCAGCAGUUGCAGCAGCAGCAGCGAAGCACACGCAACUCUUCAGAGUAAUUGCGGAGCAGCACGCGCGCAUCGCAGCAGAAAGAGAAGCACUCCAGAGAGAAGAAGAAGAAAAGCAGCACUUGCAAGAACUCGGACAGUAGAUAAAAUUAUGUACUAACUGGACUUUGGAUAAUAAUAUGCUGUCGAUAGCGAGAUUCUGUUACCCUUAGAAAUAUUUACCGAAAUUAGUUUUGCCAAUUCUGUAGGACGGAACUUUGGAAGCAAGGCAAAUAAAAGUGUAAGGAACAAAUUCUAUUCGAUUAGUUAAUGUUAUUUAAAACUGCUUGCAUUUAACAGCCUCAUUAAAAAUCAUCAAAAGCCUCAAGUGCAACGCGAAUGAAAUCAGCUACCAUUGAUAGUAGGACUACAAUUAAACAUUCUCAUAUGUUUAAUUGUAGUCCUACUUUUAAAAGAAUCUCCGAAUCUAGCGGAUUUGGCAAAUUUAAAGAACGUAGUAACUGACCGGACCAUUCUGCAAUAUUUUUUUAUAUUCAUAUUACAUUUUAAAAGAUAAUAUCCAUCAAGAUGAAUGAAUUCAAACUAAUUAAUGAGUAUAAACCAUUUAAAAUGAUGCAAUUGUAUACAUAAUGUAAAAGUUAUUGUUUUAUUUCCUAGAUUUAUCUGGAGUUAUGUAAAUAAUUUUAUUCGACCAUGACUUUUUAACCGUAAUAAAUAUUUUUAAAUCUAACUUUAAAUAUUUGUGAUAUAACAUAUGAAAUGUAAUACAAAAAUGUUAAUUUAAUUUCACAAUGAAGAAGGUGGGACUUUUGUAAUUUUAUAAUUAUUUCGAUUGCCAUAUUGAAAUUAAAUUAAACAUAAUAUUAUGUG